CCGUGACUUCUCUUCAACAUUACCGCGGCCGCCCAGUCCUGCGCGGCUCAACCUGCCCUGGUUGUCAGAUUCAUGGCCCCAAACGGCACGAGCGCAGUGGGCGCACAGCCUUACACCGAGGAGCAGCUCGAUUUCUGCCGCAGGCUGCCAAAGGUGGAGCGUCACGCGCAUCUCAAUGGUUCCGUGCGACAGUCGACGCUCCAGGAGCUGUACAAGAAGACAUCGGAGGGCACCAGUACGUCGUCGGCCGCUUCGGUUGCAAUCGCAAAGGGCGACACGAGGAACCUCUCGGAGAUGUUUGCCGUCUUUGGUGUCGUCCAUCAUGUGGUACGCGGUGCUGAACUGCUGACCCGGGUCACACGCGAGGUUCUUGAAGACAUGAGCGCAGACGGAGUCGUCUAUGCCGAGCUACGAACGACGCCCCGUGAGCACCAGGAUGUGGGACUGGACAAGCGAGCCUACAUCGAGGCAGUCCUCCAAGGUAUCGAAGAGCAUCGACGGCUAGCCAAAGAUGGGGUCUGCAUCGCCAGGCUUAUUCUCUCCAUCGAUCGCAAGGAUCCCGUUACGGUGGCAGAAGACACCGUCAACCUGGCCAUCGAAUACAGUAACAGAGGAGUCGUGGGCUUGGACCUGUGCGGAGAUCCAGCUCUGGGCUGGGGAAGGUGGAGGCAAGACUGGGAGCCCGCCUUCGAAAGAGGCCGCAAACAGGCCGGUCUCAAAGUCACACUCCACGCCGCCGAGAUGGCUGGCAUGGACGAGGAAAUGGCCGACAUGCUCGCCUGGGGACCCGACUCGCUGGGUCACGUCUGUUUCCUCUCUCCAGGCGAGGAGCUCCGUCUCUUUGAGUCCAGAACGCCCGUCGAACUCUGUCUCUCUUCCAAUGUGCUGAGCAAGAGCGUCGAGUCCUAUUCGGCCCACCACUUUGGACGUUUUCUCGAAAGAGGCCAUCCGCUGGCCAUCUGCACCGACGAUGUCCUCGUCUUCUCCAGUCCCCUCUCAAGGGAGUAUGCCCUGGCCAUGUCGACCUUUGGUCUGGACGAAGCCAAGGUCACUGACCUAGCUCGAGAUGCAUUUGAGACGAGCUUUCUCGAAAAGGGCCGCGAUUACAACGAGGUGCUCGCCAGGUUGCGCGCACCCAGCUGAGGCCAUCUUGGGAGUCACAGUACACGGGGAUAUUGAUACAAGGAACGCAUGCACAUAUGCCUACUUUAUCCGCCUGGAUGCCUGGAUGCUUAGAUGUUUGAAUGCCUGUCUGGCAAGCCUUUCAUAGCAUCACAUUCAAAUUGUAAUCUACAAUGUAAGAGCUUGUCAUCACGCCGUGACAAAGAGCUCAGCUGUUGUUUGCAAUCACCAAUGUCAGCGUAAGACGA